AAUCAAUCUCACUCUCUCCCUCUUUCUCUCAGAACCAUGUAAUAUUUUCUCUCUCGUUUAUUUUUAUUUUUAUUUAGAAGAUCGCUGCGAUUAUGAUUAUCAAAAAAAUGUAAGAGAAUCAAAUUACAAAGAUACAUAAAAAACAGAGAAGGGUGUCAUGAGUUCCACAGAAGGCCAAAUCCAUGUGAUUUUCCUUCCUUACAUGGCGCCAGGCCACAUGAUGCCAAUGGUGGACAUCGCCAGGCUAUUCGCCGCCCACGGUGUUCGUGCCACCAUAAUCACCACCCCGAUGAACGCCCGACGCUUCAAAACUACCAUCGAUCGCGACAUUCGAGCCGGUAGGCACAUCGCCCUCGAGAUCCUCUCUUUCGCUCCCGUAACAGGCCUCCCCGAAGGCUGCGAAAAUCUAAGCGACACUCCGACCCCCGAGAUGACCAUGCGCCUCUUCGGCGCCAUCAACCUUCUCCAACCUCGAAUCGAAAACCUCUUGCGCGCGACCCGUCCCGAUUGCAUUUUCUCCGACGUCCUCUUCCAAUGGACUGUCGACGUUGCGAUAGAGCUAGGUAUUCCGAGGCUUGCAUUUAGUGGCAGCGGCUUUUUCAAUCUCUCUGUAGCAUUGGCGGUCGAACGCUACCGGCCCCACGACAAAGUGCAUUGGGAGAGCGAGCCAUUCCUCGUCCACAGCCUUCCGGACAAGGUUUCGCUCACCCGAUCACAACUACCUGAUAUUGUGAAAACAGAAACAGAGUUUUCGGAGAUGUUCCAUAAACUCAAACUGGCUGAGGGGAAGAGUUAUGGGAUGGUUGUGAAUAGUUUUGGUGUUUUGGAAUCGGCUUACGCCGAUUACUAUAGAAAAGCUUUAGGAAUUAAGGCUUGGAGCAUAGGUCCUGUGUCCCUCUUCAACCAAGAAGAAGCCGAUAAAACGGAGAGGGGGGACAUGGCAACAAUCAACAGAGACAGCUACCUCAACUGGCUCGAUUCAAAGGCGCAAAACUCAGUUCUUUACGUUUGUUUCGGUAGCUUAACCCGAUUUAACAAAACUCAACUUGCGGAGAUAGCCGGUGCCCUCGAAGAUACACAUUGUUCCUUCAUCUGGGUUGUGCCUAGAGUCUUGAAAAUGAACGACAAAGAUGAGGAAGAAGAAUGGUGGUUGCCAGAAGGGUUUGUGGAGAGGACGGAGGAAUCAGGCAAGGGAAUGGUCGUUAAGGGUUGGGCCCCGCAGGUGUUGAUACUCGAGCACCCUGCCAUCGGAGGGUUCUUGACUCACUGUGGAUGGAACUCGAUACUCGAAGGGGUAACCACGGGCGUGCCUAUGGUCACUUGGCCAACCAUCGCGGACCAAUUUUACAACGAGAAGCUUGUGACCCAGGUGUUGAAGUUCGGAGUCCCUGUGGGGAACGAGUAUUGGAAGGUGUGGGCUACGGAGGAGACACCGGUGAUUGGGAGAGAGAAGAUUAGUAGGGCGAUCAACGUGGUGAUGAACGGUGGGAAUGAGGCCGAGGAAAUGAGAAGCGUAGCGAAACGGCUCAGCGAAUCAGCAAAGAAGGCUGUUGAAGAAGGGGGUUCUUCUUGCAAUGAUCUCAACACCCUCAUACAAGACAUCAAAUUGCACAGGCAAAAAUAAGAAAUUGUUCUAUGCCCUUGUGCUGGUUAUCAAUUAUUUGUAGAAACUAUUCUCAGCAAUCGUUUGGAGGACAAAUUUUGGCAAAUCUUUUCUUGGAAGAUUAGAACUAUAAACUUGAUGUUUUAUGGUGUAGCGUGGAAGAAGCCGAAUAGAAAUAGGCUUUGGGUUAUGAUAAAAAUUUCUCUAUUAGCUGCGGUGAAAGGCCGGAAACGGGACUGCCAGUAGGAUCUGGGUAGGAUUCUUUCAGACAAGUUCUUUACAAAAUUUGACUAAACAAAAGGACAAUUGGUUGGUGGUUUCCAGUCGAAGCACCGAUUUUGAAGCAAUUCUGUCGUAAAAUUGUACUAUGACAUUCUUAAUGCAAAUGCAAGUUCCAAGAGGUGUAAUCACCUUGGUAGUAGACGAGUUGGAAAAAGAGCUAGACUCAAGUAUCUGCUACUUCUCAUGUGGUCACAUGAUGUAAAUCAAAUAUCGCGUGAUAGAAGCUUUAAUCUGCUCGUGCCCUGAUGAGAGAUGGUAGAAAUUCAUGGGCGACCGAUCUUUUCCAAAAUCUCCAGCACAUUUCAAAAUUUUCAUAGCCUCACGCUCAUGGAACCGGUCUUCGCGCUUUAGUUCUUAGCGAAAUUAUAGGAAAAAGAUAGGAGGGGGACACAUUAGACAUUCUUGUCUUUUC